AUGAAGACCUUUAGCCAUCAGAAUGCGCGGUUCACUGAUGGACAGAUUAGAUGGAGUCAGACGAUGCUUCAGUCUGUGAAUGCACCGUCAACCAGUUCCUUUGGUUUCUUCUGGUUUUGGCUAGCUGUUUCUGGCUCUUUUGGAGGAAACCAUUUCCCCUUUAGUGUUGUCUACUGCUGGUUUGGAUCCUACUAUGUGGUAUGGCCUGUGUUGAGCACACAGAAGCUUUUCUUAUCAUUCUUUGUGAUUUGCUGGUGUUUUUGUUUUGAGCUUGUUUUCCUAGAGUUUGUGGAUAACCCUAUAGACAUAGUAACUGAUGCUGAGUGGGCUAAGGCCACUUAUGCUGGGGUGGUAGGCAAGUAUACUGCCUCUCUCAGUGAUCCUGAUCAUUUAGUCUUUCCGCAGAACUUCCAUGAUACAACUGCUGGGAAGGUUAACAGCCCUUGCAUUCAUUCUUUGGGGAUUAAGGAAGGAGAACUAGAUGUAUAUUUAUCACCACAAGAAAUCCACAAUCUAAAUGAACAAGUGAAAUUCACCUUGGUUGGAAAAUUUCUUCUUGGCCACCCUAAAAUGGAAUUAGUUACGAAUUAUUUUGCAUCUUUAAAAUUCAAUGGAGAUUGGCAUAUUGGAAUACUAGAUGGAAGACAUCUUCUUAUCCAACUUUCAGGGGAGGAAGUUUAUGCAAGACUAUUUGCAAAACAAGAUCUUCAAGUUGGAGGCACCACCAUGAAAAUUUUGAAGUGGGACCCUGAUUUUGACCCUUGUAAGGAACCUCAUAUAGUUCCCCUAUGGUUUAAAUUGCCUGGCCUCCCAAUUCAAUAUUUCAAUCUCAAUGCUUUAUUUAAUAUUGCAAGUGCAAUUGGGAGACCUCUGAAGCUUGAUGCUCCCACAUAUAACAAAGCUAGACCUGCCCUAGCUAGAACUCUUAUAGAAAGAGAUGUAACCUUCCCUGAAAUUAAAAGGCUCUAG